CACCAGGACUGGAAUUGCAGUCCACAAAUGGAGUCAUAAAAGUUAAGGUUUCUCCUCCAGAAGAAAAUCAGAGGAAAAAGAUGUGGAUCAACGAUCUGAGUUUUAAAUAUAACCUGGUCUUCUGGGAAAACUCAUCACAUGCUCAGCUGCAGAGUAAAAUCAUUUUCCCUGUUGACACCAUCGAUGAUCUUGCCCCUGACAGCAGCUAUUGCUUCAAGGUUCAAGCAAAUCUCCCCAGGGAGGGGAAGCAAGGCUUGUUCAGCCCCAUCAGCUGUGUGAAAACCACCCAGAAAGUGAACAACCCCCUGUGUGCAACCAACCUGAGCAUCCUGGCUUUGAACAUGAAUUUCCACCUGCUCUGGAGUACCCAGGAGAAGCAGGAGGUGAACUACAACGUGCAGUACCUCCAUGGGUUCCUGAAGAGGCUCAAUGAUGAUCACUCAGACAAGUGGCUCAGUGUCCCCAGGUGUGAGAACAUCACCAGAACCUGGUGCAACUUCUCCUCCAUCAUCACCAACAUGGGAUUUUAUUAUCUGCGAGUGCAGGCCAGGAGGGGCAGCAAAUCCUGUUUGUCCAGGGAAGUCCAAGUGGAUCCUCUGAAAAUAAAUGGAAUUGGCCCUCCUGGUUUAAGGCUGGACCUCAGUGAUGCCUCACUCCACAUCCUUAUUUCUCCUCCAGGAGGAGCUGAGGAUGAAGUCACGAGGGACCAUUAUGACUUGUCCUACAGGAUCCUGUACUGGAAAAAAUCCUCUGAGGGGGAGGUGAAGCAGAAGGAGGUGAAGCAAACCAUAGCCACAGUCCCUGAUGUGUCCCCCUCCACCCUGUACUGUGUCAAAGUCCAGGCUUUCUCUAAGCCCUACAACAAGAGCAGUGCCUACAGCCAGCAGGAAUGCAUCCACACCCCUGCAGGUUCACGUUUACCUCUGAUCAUUUUUGGGAUUUUCAUGGGUGCCCUGCUGGUUGUCCUGUUCGUGGCCAGUCCUCUUGUUUUUAUGCUCUACAAAGCCUACAACAAAAUCAAAUACGUGUUCUUCCCCUCCUGCCAGCCCCCCCUGAACAUCGAGGGAUUUGGAGCACAACCCUUCAGCAGCCCUUACCUGUCAGCUGCAGAGGAACCUGUGGAAAAUUGCUGUGUGAUCGAAUCCGUGAUCACAGAAGAGGGAAAUCAGAUUGAUUUUACAGACUACAAACAUUCCAAACAGAGCAGUCGAGACUCAGGGAAUUAUUCCAACGACAACAACUCUUCAGGGAGCAAAGGAUCCAAAGAAACACUGGAAAAUGAAAUCAUUUAACUUUGGGAAAGCAAAAUUCACUUUAUGGGAUUGCCAACUUCA